AUAUGUUGUGGUUGCUAAGCCCACAUUGGCACUGCCGGGGGAGGUGGGUGAUGGGCCGGCCCAGGGCCUGAGAGGGGAAGGGCAGGGUGCAUAGGAGACACGGCAGGACGGGACCAUGGGCUGCUGCUCCUCGAGUGACCCCCGCAGAGAAGACGAUCUGAGGGCCAGAGAGAAGCUGAAGAAAACCAAGAUCAUCUUUGUGGUGGGUGGGCCUGGCUCAGGGAAGGGCACCCAGUGUGAGAAGAUCGUGCAGAAGUAUGGCUACACCCACCUCUCCACCGGGGACCUCCUGCGGUCCGAGGUCAGCUCAGGCUCGGCCAGGGGCAAGAAGCUGUCGGAAAUCAUGGAGAAGGGGCAGCUGGUUCCACUGGAGACAGUGUUGGACAUGCUCCGGGAUGCCAUGGUGGCCAAAGUCAAUACUUCCAAAGGCUUCCUGAUUGAUGGCUACCCGCGGGAGGUGCAGCAAGGAGAAGAGUUUGAGCGACGGAUUGGACAGCCCACACUGCUGCUGUAUGUGGACGCAGGCCCUGAGACCAUGACCCAGCGGCUCUUGAAACGUGGAGAGACCAGCGGGCGUGUGGACGACAAUGAGGAGACCAUCAAAAAGCGGCUGGAGACCUAUUACAAGGCCACAGAACCCGUCAUCACCUUCUAUGAGAAACGUGGCAUUGUGCGCAAGGUCAACGCCGAGGGCUCCGUGGACAGUGUCUUCUCCCAGGUCUGCACCCACCUGGACGCCCUAAAGUAGCAACGCUGGAGCCGCUUCCCCAGCUCAGAGCCCCGCCCCACCCCUGUCCUGAUUCGAGGUCCUCCUGGCCUGAGCGCAGCGCCUCCACCCUGCCCUGCUGAGCACAGACGGAGGAAGCCGCUUAUCCUGUUUUCAUGGACAGCUGAGCACUAAAGGAAUUUCUAAGGACA